CGGCCACACUAUUUUCCGGCUGUUUUCAAGUGAGAAAAAAACCGGACAAAUCACAAUUUCUGGCUGCUUUAAGAGCUGAUUGUACCUAAGGAUCCCAAUUGCAACAGCCGAACAGAUCCGCAGGAGAGCCAUGGAGCCGCCAGCGCCGGGCGGAAUAGCAUCCGCCGGCCCGACGCACAAGUUCCAUCCGUGCGAUGAGGCGGUAAUAGCCACCAACGACGAUGCUAGCGAUUGCAAGAGAUGUGCGGUGCGUUUGGGAUACUGGAAGGAUGACUACAUCGGCUAUUUUGUACGCAACCAGGAGCGGAAGGCGCCGGAGAUCAAUCGCGGCUACUUUGCCCGGGUCAAGGGCGUGGAGAUGUGCGUCGAGAAGUUUCUGAAGAAAACCUCGGGCAACUGCCAGAUCAUCAAUUUAGGCUGCGGCUUCGACACACUCUACUUCCGUCUAAGGGACACCGCCCACCAAGUGAAGAACUUCAUCGAGCUCGACUUUCCCACAGUAACCGCCCGCAAGUGCUAUACAAUUAAGCGGAACAAGGCCCUGCUAGCCAGAAUUCAUGACGAGGAUGGAGAGGUGCGGCUGAGCCCCACAGAUCUCCAUGGGCCCAGCUAUCACCUGAUGGGUGUCGACCUUCGAAACCUAGACGAGGUGGACAACAAGCUGCAGCAGGCUGAAGUCGAUUACUCCCUGCCCACCAUAUUCCUCGCUGAGUGCGUUCUCGUCUACAUCGAGGCACAGAACUGUCAGAAUCUGCUUAAGUGGAUCGCGCAAAAGUUCCAGGCCGCUGUAUUUGUCAACUACGAACAGGUGAACAUGAACGACCGCUUCGGAGAGGUGAUGCUUAACAACCUCCGUGGUCGCGGCUGCAGCUUGGCUGGUGUCGAGUCCUGCCUAUCGUUGGAGACGCAGCGGAACCGCUUUCAGGAAACCGGCUGGACUGGCGCUCGGGCAUGGGAUAUGGUGCAGGUGUACGAGAGCAUCUCGGCAGCAGAACGGCAGCGUAUCGAGCGAUUAGAGAUGCUGGACGAGGGCGAACUUUUACUGCAGUUGUUCCAGCAUUACUGCCUUGUGGUGGCCUGGCUGGGCGUGGCCUUUCAGGACAUAGAUAUCACGUGCGUGCCAGUAGUCGAGGAGUUGAUGUCCUCCCUUAACAUUGACUAGAAGCGAAACAGGAGGAAUGUUCAAAGGCGCACGUACAUACUUGGAUGCACUAUUUAUUGACUCAUCGCUCUGCUCGGAAGGCCAUGCCAAAAGUUUUUGCUUCUCAACGUGUUAAACUAAACAAAAAAUAAUUAUACAAAAACCAUCGAAAUCAAAACGUAUUUAGAUAUUUAAUCCACACUCACAAAUUACUUAAUUUGUACAUUUUUAGUUGUUCCUUAAGCAAAGAGUUUACUCUUGUUUAUUUUAUAAUUUUAUCACUUAAUUUUUUUUUUUAAUUGCUCACUAAUUUUGCACCACAUUGUGGCGCAGACUAUUAAUAUAUUCAUUCCCCAUUUCUAGUGUGCGUUGAAAUUGUAAAUGUAUUUUGAAAUUAAUUAAACCAAACUUAAUUGGAAAACAAAA